AUGGUGUUCGCCCGGGGUGAUGUCUCCGGACACGAUGACCAGGCAAUAAGUAAGAGCUACAGCAUCCGGGGAAUGCAGUGGGAUAUUGACAGAGAUACAGAUCAUUUAGACCACAGCGAGAAUGUCACAAUCGUCACCUGGGAUGGCGCCGAAGACCCUGGAAAUCCAUACAAUUGGUCGCUGAAACAGAAAUGGAUCCUCACAGCGCUGGCAGUCUUCACGACCUUUAUCACUAUGAUGAAUGGCACGAUCAUCACCGUAGCCCACGAAGCGAUCAAUGAACAAUUUAAUAUCUCGGAUGCUAACUUCCCGCAUUCCUACUGGCCCGUUACCUCCUGGGCUGUGGGCGGCGCAUGCUUCUCAUUGCUCGUGCUGCCGUUGAUGGAAGACUUCGGCGUAAGAUGGGUAUUCCUGGGCACAUAUCUAGUAUUCCUCUGUUUCGUGGUGCCCCAGGCAGUUGCCCAGAACUUUGCCACCUUGGUCGUGACCAGAUUCUUUGCCGGAGGGUGUGUUUCGAUCCUCGCCAAUACUUCGGCCACGGUCAUUGGGAAUCUCUGGGAUACCGAGAAAUCUCGAAAUGUGCCCGUGAGUCUGUACAUCGUGACCUAUCUGGCGGGCAGCAGUAUCGGACCGGUGAUCGGGGCGGCGAUUUACCAGGCCCUCUCGUGGCGUUGGAUCGGUUAUAUCCAACUAAUAUGGUACGGGGCCUUCUUUCCGAUGUACUUCUUCCUGUUCAAAGAGUGUCGUGGAAUCGCAAUCCUGGGACAGCGAGCGAAGGCUCUGCGCAAAGAGGGUAAAAAUGCCUUCACGCAACACGAAAUAGACACACGAGACCAGUCAAUGCUCAAAAUCGUGGGUCGCAGUGCGAGCAGGCCCCUCGUCCUAUUCUUCACCGAGUCUGUGGUAUUCGUAUCGACGCUGUGGUCCGCGUUCACAGUGGGGACGCUCUAUCUCUUCACGCAAUCCGUGGAGCAAGUUUUCGCCGACCUAUAUGGCUGGAAUCCAUCGCAGGCCGGAUACGUCCAAUCAGCAAUCGUCAUCGGAGAAUGUCUAGGCUGGGUAGCCACCUUGUUCUCGGGAAAGCUAUACUUCGAUUCGGCUUCUCGAAACACCGAAAUCCCUGGUACCCCUAUCCCGGAGGCUCGACUGUACCUUGCCAUCGUCGGUGGAGUCACUGGAAUAUCGGGUGGGAUGUUCACAUACGCCUGGACCUCGUAUUCCUACUUUCCGUGGAUCGCCCCGGCCGUCGGUCUUGCCAUGGUGGGCGCCGGGAGUGUGAUCGUGGUCACGGGAAUCUCGGACUAUGUGGUGGAUGCGUAUGCCAAAUACGCCGGCAGUGCCAUCGGUAUCAUUGCCACCGGUGAGAAUACGCUGGCGGCCUUUUUGCCUCUAGCUACAAUGAGCAUGUACUCCCAUCUGGGUCCCCAGUGGGCCAGUACCCUAUUAGCGUUGAUUGCGUUAGUUCUAUCUUUUGCGCCAAUCUUGGUGCUUAUCUGGGGCAAAGAUAUCCGAGCACGAAGCCCAUUCAUGAAGGAAGCGAUGGUGGAAAAGAGAAGAAAGAGUAUCGACUCCGUCUGA